CGCCCGUACCCCCAUCCCUUCUCCAUCACCUCUCCUUCGCAACCCGACUCCCAUCCGCACUCCCAUCCACUUUCCUAUCCGUUCCCCCUUUUCAAUCCCUGGUCCAUCUCCUUGUACUCCUUCCACUCCCCCCAUGGAUCACUUUGUCUCCCCUACUCUUCUCGCUCUUGGUGCCCGUGAAAAAAAACGGGAAGUACGCCAGGAAUCACCCCUCUCCCAUUUCGCUGCCAUUGCCAAAGCUGGUGCCCGUGAUAUGAGACGGGAUUCGCGCCUCGAGGCUACCCCUAAGCCCCCUCGUCGCUCAGACUGUCCGGAGUGCGAUAGAGCCAAGAUGCUUCUUCCUGCCAAAUGGUGUGGACAUCAAGUUACUCGUAAGUCUUUACCCUUUCUUUUGCUCACUCCUUCUCUCGGCCCCGCGUAACCCCCUAUGCUAACACACCAAUAGCAUCUCGCAUGAAGAACGGCUUGCGCGUUGUUCGCCUCUUCCCUCCCAAACCCCGAACAGCUAACAAGACGGAACAGAAACCACGACGCAGUAGACGUACUGGCCAAGCUGAGGCAAAGCCAGUCGCCACUGUCCCGUUGGUAACUGAACCUACUCCCAAGCAGACCAUUGCCAGUCCAUUAGCUACCCACAUUCUCUCUACACCAACCCAGUCUGAUCACCUUCGUUCUACUCACACUCAUUCUACCAACACUCGUUCUUCCUUCGCUCUUCCUGACCCCUUUGGUCCCCCUCACACUCCUUUUAAAAACCCGCACUUGAAAGAUCAACCCCUUCAUUGGUCACCACGCAUGUUCAAACCUCAGAUGGAUCGCCACAAUUGGACCUGGUCCGAUUGGGACUCUCCUUCUCAGGAAAUUGAAGACGUUACAUACGAGAGUGAAGACUUGCCAAGACAUGAUCCAUUCAAGCAUUGCCCUCCAGAACUCCAAGCGAAGCUCAGAGCAAUCCUCAAUAUGAAACCUUCACUAUCCCCCACUUCCACUCUUUCAACAGACAGUGACACUGCUGAUACCGUUCGCUACGAAUACGUUGACAUUGUAUCUUCAUUCUCUUCAUCUUCUUCGGGGGACUCCACUCGCUCAAGGAGCUCAGAUUCCUUUUCUUCGUGGGUUGAACUGAAUGAUAUCCCUUGGGAUGAUACACUCCUCGAACGCUGGCUUCUCCUUCAAAAGUUUCAAGCGAGACGUGCCCGGGGUUAUGAAUACACUAAAUUGAAUCUGCCCCCUCUUUCUGCGCCCGGUAAGGACGCGUCCGUUCAUUCUCAACCCGCCGAUGAGCCUACCGAUCAACCUGCCGAUCAAUCUGCCAACCAGUCUGCCAACCAAUCCGCGGAGCUAUCUUCUCUCCUUCGGCUUUACACCGACCGCGAUAGUAACGAUGGAACUGAUCAUGCUAUUGGCGACAAUUGUUCCGACGAUUCCUCGACAGAUAUUGAAGACAUUAUGAACCGAUUGAGGCCAAAUCUCCGCUCCGACUCUCCUACCGGCCCCUCUGCCAAUCACCCUGCCGAUGCCGCUGCCGAGAUUCAAGAUAUCAUGAAGAGCCUGAUGCCAAACCCUGAUCCCGACUCUUCUUCCUCGUCCGAUUCCUCUUCCGAUUCCUCUACUGGUUCCACUGGCGAGAUUCAAGAAAUAAUGAGGCGGUUGAGACCAAAUCCCAAGAAACCUGGUCCUGGCUCUUCUGACAAUUCCUCCGCCGAUAUUCAAGACGUCGUGGGGCAAUUGAUGGCAAGACCUGGUUCUGACUCUACCGACUUCAUUCAUCCUACAUCCGACACUCCUUCAGCCGCUCGUCAGCACUUCCAUUCUCUACAACAGUCUUCUCUAUCCACUGCUUGUCGGCAAUUGCACUCAUUACCUGCUCCUCAACACUUGUACGCUGCUCGUCAAUUGCCAUCAGCUACUGUCGCGGAGCCCCAGCAAUCACAAGGAUCUGGAUUCGGCUGGAAGUCACUCGCUUGUGUUGCCGUCGCGGCUGCGACUGUUGGCGCUGGUCUCGCUUAUGCUUGGUUAUCUGUUUAGAUGGUACGCUCUUUUGGGAUACAUGUUUGUUCGUUCGUUUGUUUGUAUUUGGAGGUGGUUUAUGGGAGGGGAUGUAUGGUAUUGGGUAUUGGUGUUGUGUUUUGGUUGUGGAUUUUGGUCUUGUUUCUUGGUUUUUUGGAUGCAGAUUUUUGGUUUCCGGGUUUCUGGUUCUUGGUUUUUUGGCUAUGGUGUCUGGUUCUUGUGCUCGGUUCUGGGAUUUUUUUUGUGUCUGGCUAUGGUUUUUGGUUUUGUUCUGGUUAUUGGUUUUUUUUGCAUGGAGUUUGGCGUCUAUGUUAUGGUGUAUUGGUCAAGUUCAUCUCGACAUUGGAAUUCAUUUCUUUUUCACACUUCAAUUAUUAGUCCUUCGGCCUGGUGCUCCCAGUUUGCGCUUCUACUGAAGUCAGUGGGAAGUGUAUUAUUCCUAGUAAGUUACCGUGUAGUCAUUGUCUGUAGUGUUCGGUAUGAGCUAUCAUCUCAUCCGUAACCCUAAGGUGAGUGAGACUACCAGCCGUAGUUUGUAGUUUGUAGUUAUGAAUGCAUACGAUUGUUCACUCAUGGAUGGGAUUUUUCUUCCUAGAAAUCGAGGUAAAAAACG